AUGCCUUCUCAUAGAGAUAGUGAGCGCCGUCCGCAUCAUGACCGGUCGCGCUCUAGAGACAGAAAAGAACGUUCGCCCACCCCAGAAAGUAGCAACGACCUUCUUCAAGGCGUCUCACCCAUAUCAGAGUCGGACUACUUUUUGAAAAACACAGAAUUUAGAAUAUGGCUAAAGGAGGAGAAACACAAGUACUUUGACGAGCUCUCGAGUGAGAAAGCGAGGAGUUACUUCCGAAAGUUUGUAAAGGCAUGGAACAGAGCCAAACUACCGAAGUCCCUAUACUCCGAGGCCGACUCCUAUACAUCAGCAGCAGCAAACCAAACAGCUUACAAAUGGUCCUUCGCAUCCAAGGGCACAAGUGUGGAUGCAGGAGCGUUGAAGGCCGUUCGAGAGGAGGUUGAUUCCGCAACGUACCGGCGUGCUACUAGUUCAUCCAAUACCAAUGGAAGCCGGAGCCGCGUACACGGCCCGACUCUCCCUUCGGCAUCUGAUCGGGUCCUCGCCCAAGAAGCUGCAUCAGAAUAUCAAGCAGCGGAACAUACAAUGAAGCGUAAACGGGAUCGCGCAGAAGCGAAGGAGCGCAUCGAGGACAUGGUGGGGCCGAAAGAGGUCGGUAGGGAGGGUAUGCUGGAGAAGAAGCGCGCCCGGAGAGAGGACGACCGUGCGUUUAGGGAGAAAGGUGACGACGGAUUUGAAGCUGAUGAGUCGACCCUCCUUGGUGGUGGGGAUAGUUUCAGGGACCACAUUGCUCGUCGAGAUGCAGCACGCAAACGCUUCGAGGAGAAGCGUGCUGCAGGGAGAGAAGAUAAAACCGCUGUUGUUCGCGAACGUGCUGCGGCCUUGCGAGAGAAGGACAAGGCUACGAUGGACAUGUUUCAACAGCUGGCAAAGCAGAGAUUUGGUUAA